AUGCCACACCUGAGCGAAAUGACAGAACCACUACGCAGACUAGAAGAUCAGGACGCUGAGUGGCAGUGGCUAAAGCAACACAGCAUUGCCUUCAACACAGUUAAGAAGUACCUCACUGAAUCCCCAGUUCUCAAGUACUGUAAUGUUAACGAAGAAGUAACAAUCCAGUGUGACGCCUCUGAAACUGGUCUCGGAGCUGUCCUUAUGCAAAAUGGCCAACCGAUUUGCUACGCCUCAAGAGCUCUCACCGACACUGAGACAAGAUACGCACAGAUAGAGAAAGAGCUUCUUCCCAUCGUAUGGUCUUGUCACAAAUUUUACCUGUACAUAUAUGGUCGUGACGUCGUACACGUAGAUUCCGACCAUGAGCCACUGCAGGCAGUAUUCAAGAAGCCAAUACAUCAAUGA